GAGUCACUGUCCAUGCAUACAACUGGUUGGUUGUCUUUAUAUUUGGGUUCUGUGAUCACUUUGAAAUGGUAUCAAAUUCCCUCAAAGCAAUUGCCUCUCCUUAUCUAGAAUCUCCAUUGGUCAUUCACUCACUCCAUUGUCAAUCACCUCUCUCUAGUUACCUAUAAAUUCAUCAAGUUCCUCUCUGGUUUUCAACAAACUUAAGCUUUCAAACCAUUUCCCUGACCCCCCCUUCAUUGUCUCUUUUCCUCAGUCAACCCAACUUGUUAAAACCAUUCUGUUUUUAAUAUUUGGUUUGUGAGUUUCAAAACUUGGUUCUGUUUCCUUUAUGCUGGGGCUGAAUCUGUUUAAAUAUUUUAUGCUGUUUUUGGUGCUUGUCCUUUCCAAAUUUAGCUCCAUUGUCGAGUUGAACUAGGGUUUCAGCUUUUGAGUUUGGCCUAGAAACACUCGUUCUUCAUUUCUCUUCAACCCCAAAAGAAAAAACAUAGAUUUCCAUCUACUUUUGUACUAGUCUUGAGUGCCUCUAUUUGUUUCAAUCUGUUGUAAAAUAAUUCAAGUUUUUACGAGUCCUCUAAAUUUUGGGUUUUGUAAUUUUGAUUCUGAUCUUUGAUCCCAUUCUCUCACUGCCGUGUUUUUCGCGGUCAUGGCACCCCCAAAUGAAAUUUCCAAUUCAGCUAGCAACUUUGCCCCCAUAAUUGGUCCUCCCUCAUGUUUUUCACUGUCAAAUGGAAAACUAAGUGUCAAUGGAGUCACACUUCUCUCUGAGGUCCCAAGUAAUGUUUCCUUCACUAAUUUCUCUUCCAUCUGCAAAUCUUCAGAUGCCCCUUUCUCUCUCUUCUACCAAGUUCAGUCAAGGGUUCACAAGGGUGGUUUUCUAGGAUUUACCAAAGCUGAAGAAUCAGAUAGGCACAUGAAUUCCCUUGGUAAAUUCACAAAUAGAAACUUUUUAAGCAUUUUCAGGUUCAAGACGUGGUGGUCUACCAUGUGGGUUGGGAAAAAUGGAUCAGAUAUACAGAUAGAAACUCAAUGGGUAGUCUUAGAAGUCCCUGAAAUACGGUCAUAUGUCCUAAUCCUCCCAUUAAUUGAAGGCCACUUUAGGUCAGCCCUUCAUCCAGGACCCAAUGGCCAUGUCAUGAUCUGCCCUGAAAGUGGUUCUACCCAAGUAAAGACUUCAUCUUUCUCUUCUUGUGCCUAUAUUCAUAUCAGUGACAACCCUUACAACCUAAUGAAAGAAGGCUAUAGUGCAGCUAGAGUCCAUUUGAACACAUUUAAGCUCAUAGAGGAGAAAACAGUCCCCUCCCUCGUUGAUAAGUUUGGGUGGUGUACUUGGGAUGCUUUCUACCUUACCGUGAACCCCAUAGGAAUUUGGCAUGGGCUAAAGGAAUUUUCAGAUGCAGGGUUAUCACCCAGGUUUCUGAUUAUCGAUGAUGGGUGGCAAAGCGUAAGUUUAGAUGGUGAGCCUCCACUUCAAGAUGCCAAAAACCUUGUUUUGGGGGGAACCCAAAUGACUGCUAGGCUCUAUCGAUUUGAGGAAUGUGACAAGUUUAAAAGUUAUAAGUCAGGGACCAUGCUAGGCCCUAAUGCCCCUUCCUUUGAUCCCAAGAAGCCAAAAAUGCUCAUAGCUAAGGCUAUAGAGGUCGAGCAUGCAGAGAAACACAGGGACAAAGCAGCUGAAGAGGGUGUCACUGAUCUUUCUAGCUUUGAAACUAAAAUCAAGGCUUUGAAGAGAGAAUUAGACGAAAUGUAUGAUGGAGAUGAGGAGGGGACGGUUUCCACAGGGAACAAGAGCUGUGGAAACUGUUGCAAGUUGGAGAAAACAGGCAUGAAGGCUUUUACUGAUGAUUUGAGAACAAAAUUCAAAGGUUUGGAUGAUGUUUAUGUGUGGCAAGCUCUUGCUGGAGCUUGGGGAGGUGUUAGGCCGGGGGCCACCCAUCUUGAUUCAAAGGUGAUCCCUACCAAACUUUCUCCUGGCCUUGAUGGAACAAUGACUGAUCUAGCAGUGGUGAAGAUAGUAGAGGGAGGAAUCGGGUUGGUUAACCCCAAGCAGGCGGAUGAUUAUUAUGAUUCGAUGCAUUCAUAUCUCUCUAAAGUUGGAAUCACGGGGGUGAAAGUGGAUGUCAUUCAUACACUUGAGUAUGUAUCGGAGGAUUAUGGAGGCCGGGUGCAACUUGCAAAGGCUUACUAUGAAGGAUUGACGAAGUCACUUGUGAAGAAUUUCAAAGGGAGUGGCCUGAUCUCAAGUAUGCAACAGUGCAAUGAUUUCUUCUUCCUCGGAACCAAGCAAAUCUCUAUAGGAAGAGUGGGGGAUGAUUUCUGGUUCCAAGACCCAAAUGGAGAUCCAAUGGGUGUGUAUUGGUUGCAAGGUGUUCAUAUGAUUCACUGUGCAUACAAUAGCAUGUGGAUGGGUCAGAUCAUACAACCAGACUGGGAUAUGUUUCAAUCUGAUCAUCUUUGCGCCAAGUUUCAUGCUGGUUCAAGGGCCAUAUGUGGUGGUCCUGUUUAUGUGAGUGACUCAGUUGGGGGGCAUGGCUUUGAUCUCAUGAAGCAGCUGGUUUUCCCUGAUGGAACCAUACCACGGUGCCAGCACUUUGCUCUCCCCACAAGAGAUUGUCUCUUCAAGAACCCACUUUUCGAUGGCGAAACCAUCCUCAAGAUUUGGAACUUGAACAAGUUUAGCGGUGUUGUCGGUGCGUUUAACUGCCAAGGAGCAGGGUGGGAUCCCAAGGAACAGAGGAUCAAAGGCUACUCUCAAUGUUACAAGCCAAUGUCCAGUUCAGUUUGUGUCCAAGACAUAGAAUGGGACCAGAAAGAGGAAUUGUCCGAGAUGGGUGAGUCCGAAGAAUUCAUAGUCUAUCUCAACCAAGCCGAAAAGUUUGUCAUCCUGAACUCCAAAACUGAGCAAAUCAAAGCCACAAUUCAGCCAUCUACCUUUGAAAUCUUCACCUUUGUUCCCCUCAAAACCCUCAAAAGCUCUCUCAAAUUUGCUCCCAUUGGCCUCACAAACAUGUUCAACAGUGGGGGAACCAUUGGAGAACUGUGCUAUGGAGAUGAUGCCAGAGUUGAGAUUAAGGUUAAAGGAGGUGGCAAAUUUUUGGCAUAUUCUAGUGAGAAGCCUAAGGUGUGUAUAUUGAAUGGUAGGGGACUGGGGUUUGAGUGGUCUGGUGAUGGGAAGUUGACAAUCGAUUUGGAAUGGAAGGAAGGGGUCAUGUCUCAUCUGGUUUUUGGCUUUUGAGGAGGCAUCACUUCUUUCCUGAUUUUACAUUAUGUUCGCAAGUGUCAGGCAUGGGUAAGCAUCGAUGUCUCCAUGCAUCGUGUCUUUUAAGCCCAAAUUAAAUAAGUGCUUUUCAUUUUUCUCUGUUUUUUUUUUUUCAUCUAUAUGUAACUUUUGCUUGGGGGGUUGAUGAAUAUAAUAUAAUCUCCUAUUGCACUAUG